AUGGUCCAGCUCACAGAGGUCGUCGACGAGGAAUUCCUCAAGACCCAGCCUGGCCAUGAUGAGGAUGACGACUUUACAGAUACCGACUCUGAAAUCUCAACAGACUCGGACUACGACGUAUCGGGAGAAACUUUUAGCGACCGCAUCUACGCGCUUCGCGACAUUGUGCCGCCGACGACGCGCGGCUGGAUCUAUGGCAAGUGGAUGGGCACGACCAACAUCUUCCGCACCACGGCUGCCUUCCUCGGCCGGAGCGCCUGGCACAUCUCGGUCAGCGCCAUGCUCUUCGGCAUCCCAUUUGCCCUGCUGUGGAGCGAGGAGCAGGGAAUGAUUGCCAUGGAGCAGGAGCAGCGCAUGCGCGAGCAGGGCGGCGAGCUCCUCACUGCCGGCGCCCCCGCCGGCGGCGACAUCAACUCGCUCGACCAGCUCGAGUCCGCCCUCGGUGGAGGCGUGGGUAGCGUUUCUGCCAAGCCUUCCUUGUAA